GAGACGAGGGACGCACAGGCCAUACAUACUACAUUCAUGUGCUGCGCGCCCAAGGUGGCGAACGCGGAGGGACGAGGGCCCUGUCGUUGCUGCGCCGGCGGUGAGGAGGACGACGAGGACGGCCAGCAGCCGGCAGCGGCGUGGCGAAUGCUAUCGGGGUACGAGCGGAGCCGGGAGGCGUCCAUGAUGGUCGACGCGCUGGCCACGGUCGUCGCUGGCGGGGCAACGCCGCCGGCAACGGCCGGUGCCCGUCAGCAGCAGGUAUCGCCUGAGGGCCAGUGGUGGAGCGACUACUACGCCGGAGAUGUAACGCCGCCGCCCUCUCUUCCUGCACCGGCCGCUCACGAGCACGGAGCGGCACGGAUUCCCGCGACGGCGGCGUCACCCAGCUCUAGCUCGCAGCCCCCCUCGCCGUCCUCCACCGGCUCCGGCACGCCGCGGAGGCGGUACCGCGGUGUGCGGCAGCGGCCGUGGGGUAAGUGGGCGGCGGAGAUCCGGGAUCCUCACAAGGCGGCGCGCGUGUGGCUAGGCACCUUCGACACCGCGGAGGCCGCCGCCCGGGCGUACGACGUGGCGGCGCUCAGGUUCCGCGGCAGCCGCGCUAAGCUCAACUUCCCGGAGUCCGCCACGCUCGCGGCGCCACCGUCGGCGGCCGCGGUUCCUCCUCCUCCGUCGCCGCCGCCGCAGAGGCCCGAGGCGCUGCUCGAGUCGCAGGCGCUGGCGCUGGCGGGUGGCCAGGAGUACUCAGAGUACGCCAGGUUCCUGCAGUGCCCCGCCGAUCCACCGCGACUCUACGACCAGGCGCCUGCGGCGACCGUGCCCUCCGCGGCGUCCGGAUCGGCGUCUUCGUCGUUCCCGGUGCUCUUCAGAUUCGGCGGAGGAGGUGAGAGCAGCGGCGUGGCGAGCAGUCAGUGGUGGACGCAGGGCAGCCGCUCCGUGAGCCAAGAAGGAGCCGGCUCCCCGCCGGCGAGCUGGGCGGACUCUGCUUGGUGGCCGGCGCCUCCGCGGGACCCGCCACGGUGACGUCCCUGACUCCCUGUCAGGCUUGUCUCUGCAAGCCAAUCCUGCAGUCUGCACCGAGCGAGUCCGGAUUGCCAGUUCGUUGGCACGUGUACCGAUUCUUUUUUUUUUUGUUUCCUGCAAAAAACAAAAAAAAAGCUUUCUUUGAGAGGAUGUAUC